AUGCUUGCGAUACGACUUUUCGGACGUUUUCGAGCGUGCUCUCCGGGACUGAUCGCAAAAGCUUCAACAAGCACAUCACGAUGUUACCGAGUGCCUUACCUAAUCGCUUACGCUGGUGGAUCGACGAUGCUCGUGCGUUCGUGCUCUCAAUUUCUUCGAGUUCGCCACGCGAUGUGCAAUUUGGAAAAAGAGGAACACGAUCCGUGGAUUUUGCUACCUCGUCAAAAAGAUACCGCCAAAUCGGCACAUCCGCUGAUCAAACGGGUUGUUCUUUUUCCGGUGACGGUGAUUGUUGCUGUUUAUGAAGCUUUGAGGAUGACACUCCGAUUUCUCGUGCUCUCUUUUCGAUUCAUGCCAUUGCUGAUCACUUAUCCGGUUUGUUCACGCUUCCAGAAGACGUAUGAUUUGUGGUGGAGGGUCGCGUUGUGGCAUGUGCAAGCCUCGGGACCGACUUUGAUCAAAUUGGGACAAUGGGCGUCGACGAGACGAGAUGUUUUCAGCAAGGAAUUCUGCGACCGUCUCUCGAUUCUUCACACAAAAACGAAGAAAAGACGGUUGUUCAGAAAUCAUGACAAAGUUUUACGCCAUCUCUUUGGAUCAGAAGUGUUGAAGCACAAGGAGAAAAUUUUCCCAGUGAUUGAGCCGUAUUCAAUCGGUUCUGGAUGUAUUGCACAUGUGUAUCGACUGACGAUGGACAUGGGUGAAUACGAAAAAGUGACAGGGGUUCGUGUGCCUGGAUUGGAAGGAGCAGGAAAAGUUGAAAUGGCUGUGAAAGUUGCUGAAAGAGGAGUCGAAGAGAUGAUCGAGAUGGAUCUUUCAAUUGUGAGCAAACUAGCAAGAUGGACUCAAAUUUUCAUGCCAUCUUUGAAAUAUUUGGAUCCGGUUGGAGCAAUUGAACAAUUUGAAAUGGUUCUGAGGCGACAAGUGGAUUUGCGAAGUGAAGCUCGAGCACUGCACAAAUUUCAGGAGAAUUUUGAUCCGGUGAAGACAGGGAUUCGAUUUCCAAUCGUUGUUGCCUACAACAAAAAGUCAAUCAUUGAGACUUACGAAUAUGGAAUGUACAUCAAUCGUUUGGUUGCCGAGGAAAAUAAUCCCGAUUUAAAAUCGAAACAAUCACACGCUGUUCGUCGAAAAAUCGCUGUUCUCGGCGCGCGAGCUUUGCUGAAAAUGGUGUUCGUCGACAACUUUGUGCACGGCGAUUUGCACCCAGGAAACAUUUUGAUUCGUUUCAACGACAAGGAGGCUUCAGGUGUGCAUUUCGCGCCACCAUCGGAUUCGCUCUUUCAAAAAGCAAAGGAUUUUCUCCGAAGCACCUUCCGUAUACGCGGCUCACCAAAGCUUGCCUUCAGUGAUUCACCAGAUUUGAAUGACGAGCCGACUUUGGUUCUUUUGGAUACAGGAAUUGCGAUCUCUGAAACACCAAAGAAUCUACGCAAUUUGAGGCGAAUUUUCCGAUGUAUUGUGGAAAAACGUGGCUAUCGUGCUGGAGAGUUGAUUCUCGAGGAAUCACCACACCAGCAAUGCAACGACAAGGAGCUUUUCUGUAAGGAAGUCGAGCAACUCGUGACGAAAGCGCGAAGUGAACGAUCGUUGAGGACAUUGAACAUUUCGGCGCUAAUGUCUCAAUUGUUCAACAUCGUCGCGGAUCAUCGGGUACAAUUGGACUCUGCAUUUACGAGCAUUCUGUUGUCGAUUAUGGUUUUGGAGGGUUUCGGCCGCUCGCUCGACCCGGAUCUUGAUCUUUUUCAAUGUGCAAGGCCUUAUUUGCUAAAUGUUAUGUUA